UUGUAAAAUGCGAUCAAGAAUCAAAAAAUACAUCGAAACGUUUACAAAUAAAUGUUACUAACACUUUAAUAUACUUUUAGGAGUUAUGGUUGCUGAUUUAAAUAUCGUGCAAUAAACUGUUUGUGCUAACGAAUUGUAAUAAUCUGAGAAAACGCUAACAAAAUGGAUGUAGACAUAGAUGGACGGAAAUCAAGAUCCCGGAGCAGAUCUGUAGAAUCAGACUCCAAGAUGUCACACGACGGCUCCGCUCGCGGCAAGUCGGGCUCCCGUUCCCGGUCACGGUCCUCGGGCCGGAGCUCCCGAGCCUCGUCCCGGUCUCGAUCCGGCUCCCCGAAGUCCGCUCGAUCGCGGUCCGGCUCACCGAAGUCUCCCCGUUCGCGCUCCGGCUCGGCGAAGUCCGGUAGCCGAUCGCGAAGCGGUUCUCCCAGGAAGUCCAGAUCUAAAAGCGGCUCCCCCAGGAAGUCCAGAUCUAGAAGUGGUUCCGCCGCUUCCAAUAAAAGCGGGUCCAGGUCCCGAAGUGGAUCGCCAGCUAAGUCCAGAUCGAGGAGCGGAUCGCGUAAGUCUCGAUCGAGAAGCGGAUCGAGAGCGAAGUCUAGAUCGAGAAGUGGAUCUCCAGCUAAGUCUCGAUCGCGAAGCGGGUCGCCGGCUAAAUCUCGAUCGCGAAGCGGAUCGCCGGCUAAAUCUCGAUCGCGAAGCGGAUCGCCGGCUAAAUCUCGAUCGCGAAGCGGAUCGCCGGCUAAAUCUCGAUCGCGAAGCGGAUCGCGAGCCAAAUCGAGAAGCGCAUCCCGUUCUCGAUCCAGAAGCGGAUCCCGGGGCAAGUCCAGGUCCAGAAGCAAGUCGGGCAGCCCUGACAAGAGCGCCAACACGUCCAGAAGUAAAUCCAGAUCGCCCAGCGGUUCACCGGAUAAAGUGAAAAGUCGCUCCAAGUCCAAAAGUCGUUCUAAGUCGAAGAGUGCUUCGCCCCGCCGCAGUAAGAGUCGCUCGGUCGAGCGCAUGGACGUGGACGACGCGAAGCCAGCUGGUGACCGAGCUAGCCGCUCCCGGUCUAGAUCCGGCUCGAGAAAGUCCCGGUCCAAGUCCAAGUCUCGAUCCAAGUCCAAGUCCCGUUCUCGCUCAAAGUCUAAAUCCCGUUCUCGCUCGAGAUCCCGCUCUCGUUCGAAAUCCAGGUCUCGUUCGCGUUCGAAAUCCAGGUCUCGUUCGCGAUCCAAAUCCGGUUCCCGUUCGAGGUCGCGCUCCGUUUCUCGGUCGAAGUCCCGCUCCCGGUCGCGAUCCAAGUCUCGGUCGAGAUCUAAGUCUCGGUCGAGGUCUAAGUCCCGGUCGAGAUCUAAGUCUCGGUCUAGAUCUCGGUCUAGAUCCCGAUCUAGAUCGGCCAAGUCGAGGUCGAGGUCUCGAUCUCGUUCAGGCUCACGUUCCGGCUCCGAGUCACCCUCUAGACCAGACGCUAAGCGGCGCCGCAUAGCGCGUCUCUCGGACGACGAGGCGGAGGCCGGGCCCGCGCCGCCGGCGGAGGGCGAAGCCCCGGCCCCAGACGCGGGGGACUCCUCCGACGAGUCCGUAGCUCCGGACGCCGCCAGCUCGGAGAUGGCGCAAGGCAUGUCGGACUUCGAGUUGAUGCUGGCCCGCAAGCGCGAGGAGCGGCGCGGCCGGCGGCGGCGGCGCGACAUCGACAUCAUCAACGACAACGACGACCUCAUCGCGCAGCUCCUACAGCGCAUGCGCGCCGCCGCCGACGAGGACCGCGACCUCAACAAGCGCAACCAGCCCGCCGUCCGCAAGGUGUCGAUGCUGAAGUCGGCCAUGUCACAGCUCAUCAAGCGCGACCUGCAGCUGGCGUUCCUCGAGCACAACGUCCUGAACGUGCUGUGCGACUGGCUCGCGCCGCUGCCGAACCGCGCGCUGCCGUGCCUGCUCAUACGGGAGUCCAUACUCAAGCUGCUCAUGGACUUCCCAGCCAUCGACAAGUCCCUCCUCAAACAGUCCGGCAUCGGCAAGGCGGUGAUGUACCUCUACAAACACCCCAAAGAGACGAAGGCGAACCGCGAGAGAGCCGGGCGACUGAUAUCGGAGUGGGCCAGACCUAUAUUCAACCUGAGCACGGAUUUUAAAGCGAUGACGCGCGAGGAGCGUCAGGCGCGAGACGAGGCGAUGGCGGGCGCACGGCGCAAGAGCGACGACAGACCGCCGGCCGACGAGCGGGGCACAGGUCCGCGUCCGGGCGAGCCGGGCUGGGUAGCGCGCGCGCGCGUCCCCGCGCCCAGCACCAAGGACUACGUGGUGCGGCCCAAGAGCACGUGCGAGACGGACAUGUCGCGGGUGGCAAAGAAGAAGAUGACACGAUAUGAGAAACAGAUGAAGAAGUUUAUGGACCAGAAGCGCAUGAAGGGCAGCUCGAGACGCGCCGUCGAGAUCUCCAUAGAGGGCCGCAAGAUGGCGCUGUAGAGCACAAGAUGGCGGUGUACAGACGCAAGGUGGCGGUGUGGAGACGCAAGAUGGCGCUGUAGUGUCGCAAGAUGGCGGACGAGCGCCAUGUUACAGACAGGCGCCAUCUUACGGGCAAUUGCCGCAUUACGUACUAUCGAAGAAUGAUUCAAAGGCAGAUGGCAAUGGCACUUCAUUUAGUAAUUUAGGUCGGGUAUGUGAAUUAAAUGUUGGCCGUGAUCGGUCGGCUCCGGCUGGGCAGUGGGCUAGACGUAGCGCGAUCGAAUAACGUGUUAACGUGUCUCUGCUAUCUGCCUAUGAAUCGAUUUCUCUGAAAGUAUGUCCGAGUAGGGGGGACCACUGACCUCUAUAAUACACAUAGAGGUCAGUGGGGCGGACGCAGCCUAAAUUUUUUCGACAGUCACGUGACUUUGAGAGAAGGGUUAAGUUGUUUUGCACAUUGUAAUUGCGUACAACCUUAAGCUGACUCUUAGACGAUCAAUUUUAUUGUGCGAUAUCACGUAUUGUG